AUGGAGAAGUUUACCGAACCAAAGUUCUUCCGUGCUCCAACUCAAUCAAGAGUCCAUUGCGUACAAGUCCAACAUGACGUGAAUAGUAAUGUUACGAUCAUUACAAGCUGCUAUGGCGUAACUUGGUGCCUAAGCCUUGGUGAUAUAUGCAAGCCAAAAGAUCACGCUGCAUUAUUUGUAUUUGGAGAUUCAUUAUUUGAUGUUGGAAACAACAAUUACAUAAACACUAGUGCUGAUAAUCAGGCAAAUUACUCUCCAUAUGGGGAAACCUUCUUCAACUAUCCAACUGGAAGAUUUUCUGAUGGUCGCGUCCUUCCAGAUUUCAUAGCUGAGUAUGCUAAGUUGCCUCUAAUCCCACCCUAUCUAUUCCCUGGUAAUCAACGAUACGUUGAUGGAGUCAAUUUUGCAUCAGCUGGAGCUGGGGCUUUGGUUGAAACCCAUCAAGGACUGGUGAUAGAUCUAAAAACUCAGCUAAGUUAUUUCAGGAAAGUCAGCAGGGAAUUGAAGCAGGAACUUGGAAAUGCAGAAACCACAGCUCUGCUUGCCAAAGCUGUUUACUUGAUUAACAUUGGAGUCAAUGAUUAUGCAAUCUCUUUGUCAGAAAAUUCGAGUAAUUCACACACGGCUGAGAAAUAUGUAGAAAUGGUAGUUGGUAAUCUUACAUCAGUGAUCAAGGGGAUACACGAGGCAGGAGGGAGGAAAUUUGGGGUUCUUAACCUGCCAGCUGUGGGUUGUAUUCCAUUCGUGAAGGCUCUAGUAAAUGGAUCAAAAGGUUGCGUGGAAGAAGCUUCAGCACAGGCCAAACUACAUAACAGUGUGCUUUAUGUGGAACUUGACAAGCUAAAGAAAGAACUAAAAGGAUUUAAAUAUUCAUACAAGGGGACAUGGCAUGCUGUGGGAGCGGGCCUCACAGAGGAUAUUACAGCUGCGGGGGUAAAAGAGCAGUGA